ACGACCACCGCCGGCUCAGAUCCCGACGACACCAAAACCUACAAGGCUGCGCACCUAAACCGUUGUUUUUUGCAGCUUCAACUAUUUUUCUCUUUAUUAAGGAACAAACACCUGUUCCCCCCUCUACGAUCCGGAAGGUCCACACCACUUUACACACCACAGACCACCCCGCACAACCCGCAAACAUGAAGGUUCUCAGCAAAGAAGAGGAGGCCGAGCACUACAGCGUCGUCGUCAAGGCCGGUCUCAUCGGCGGCACGGCCGGCCUGGCCGUCGGUCUCGGCGGCGUCCUCUUCGCAAGCAAGCGCUACCCGUCCUUCCGCCAACUCACCCUGCCGUUCCGCUCCUUCCUCGUUACCUCGUCCGCGACCUUUGGCGCCAUCGUCCACGCCGACCGCGAGUCCAUUCGCUUCGGCAAGGAGAAGGACCCCAUGUACGGCUACAAGGACGCGACAGCGCGCGCCAUCGCCGAGGCGAAAGCCAACGAGACGGAGAUGCAGAAGCUCAAGGAGUGGGGCCGCGAGAACCGGUACUCCAUCGUCUUUGCGUCGUGGCUCGCGUCCAUGGGUGUCGCGCUCGCCAUCGUCGGCAAGGAUAAGUAUCUCACCGGCGCGCAGAAGCUCGUCCAAGCGCGUGUCUACGCGCAGGCCCUCGCGGUCGUCAUGCUUGUCGUGACCGCCGCCUUUGAGAUGCAGGACGCCAAGACGGGCGCCGGCCGCUGGGAGACGGUCAUGAUCAUCGACCCCGAGGACCCGGAGCACAAGCACCUCAUCGAGAAGAAGAUUCACAAGGAGGAGUACGAGGGUCAGGACUUGUGGAAGGAUAUGGUUGCUGCCGAGGAGCGGCGCAUCGCUGCCCGCAAGGCUUCCGAGCAGAAGUAAAUAUUUCUAGGAGCAUCACUCGACUUAUCACCCAUACAUCCAUCUAUUCUAUGGAACCCCAUACAGGGUUUCCUGUACGAACUAUUUCCUAUGUCAUUCGCGAAGCAAGGUUUCCCACGGAGCAGGGAGACGAUCAGCUUGGCGGAUUGAUUUCAUCUCUUGCAUUGCCGGCGUUAUUUUUACACAGAGGGAGAAAAGUGUUGGUGACCGGGCCACGGCCUUUGCCAUUCAACAUCCAUUGAUGAUUGUUCGAAUGUCGCUAUGAGAGAGUGACAUUGGCAAGCAAGAAACUAGAUGUCCUGAUAUAUCAAUCUGGGGGUUCAGCAAGUCUUUGCCAAAAUACAAUUCCUACUUAAUUCACGUCUUGGUUGCAGUUCCCAAACUAGUUCCCCCGUGUCAGCAUGUAUAGAACGAUGGCGAGUAUUUCUAUCGCGUUGGGAGGAAUCAG